CCCACCACAUCCUUUUUCUCUCCCUCACCUGCUGGACUCAGUCUACACACAUUGGUCUUCAGCGUUGGUCUCGCCAGUGGUAUGCUGCCAACACUCACUGCUCUCCUCUGCCUCGAGACUCUCCCAAAACCCUUCAUAUGGGCCAGUCCCAUGAACAGGGUUACAAAAGGACACUCGGUGAACAUCUGGUGCCAGGGGACUCAGAGUGCUUCUGAAUAUCACCUGUACUUUGAAGGAAGCCUUGUUGCCAUGAAGAAACCAAAGCCAUCUAGAUCAACGAGUGCAGUCAAGUUCUUCAUUUCACAUAUGACCUCACACACUGCAGGGAGAUACAGCUGCUUCUAUCAGAGUGGGGAGCUCUGGUCAGAGUUCAGCAACACCCUGCAUCUGGUAAUGACUGGUCUGUAUGACACACCCAACCUCUGGGUUCAUCCAGGGUCUGCAGUAGCCAUAGGGGAGAAUGUUACCUUCUCCUGCCAGUUGAAGAGUGCAACAAACAAAUUCUUUCUGCUCAAGGAGGGACGCUCCAACCAUGUGCAGCACAGAUACGGGAACACCCAAGCAGAGUUCCCCAUGGGCCCAAUGACCAGAGCCCAGAUAGGGACAUACACAUGUUUUGGCUCUUACAACGACUAUACAUGGUCUUUCCCCAGCAAGUCAGUGCAUCUAUUCAUUGCAGGAGAUGUUGACAACACCAGCUUUGCACCCACAGACCCUACUUCUUCUUUUGAUUAUUUGGAGUUCAACCUUUCAACCAAAGAAUCGGGAUUACACACGGACUCCGCCUUGUGGGAUCACACAACCCAGAAUCUCGUUCGGAUUGGUCUGGCAUGCAUAGUCCUGAUGGCUCUAGUUUGCCUUUUGGCUGAAGACUGGCUCAGUAAGAAGAAGGAUAAAGAGGGAACCAACAUAUUAGCAAGUAGGCGAUGCCGGAAAAGAUGGAGAGUGCAACGUUUCCCUGAAGAGUAGCAAAGGCUGCAAUAUCUACUAGGGAACUGAAAGCAAGUUCUAGUCCUGGGCCCGUGUGCGCUCUAUGCUGCCCCCUGCAGGAAGAGAGAGGUCUUUGACGGAAUGAAGGGCUAGUGUCACCAAGUUUGGCAAAACGUCCUAAAACACAUGCUGAGAUGAAAUUUUUAAUUUUCUACUAUAGACAAACUCUUGCUGUCUCUGUUAGGCUUUAGGUACUUUAAUGCUUAUUUACUGCAAGCUAUAUAUUUAACCACUCUGAUCUUUCCUAGAAAUACCCACCUUCCAAUGUAAUGCCCAUGGGAGUAUUUCCUUACUACCUUGGUUUUUAUCAGUUUCUUUUUAUUUUAUUUAUUUAUUUUAUGUGUGUGUUUUUCAGACAGUUAUGUCUGUGCCCCAAAUGUGUAGCUGGUGUCAGAUCCCUGGGGACUUGAGUUACAGAUGGCUACGAGCUGCCAUUUGGGUGCUGGGAAUUGAACCCAAGUCCUCACACAAGUGCUCUUAACCAUUGAGACAUAUCUUCAGCUCCAUCUUCAAUUUAUUUUAAGCUGUAUGUGCACACAUAUGCUAUAUCUCUCAUAUGAAGGUCAGAGAACACCUUUAUGGGGUCAGUUUUCUCCUUCCACUUUUUAACAAUUAUUUCUUUUUUGAUAUUAUGAUGUAAUUACAUCUCCCCCCCCCCUUUUCCUCCCUUCAAAUACUCCCAUUUGUCCCUCUGUACUUUCUUUCAAAUUUGUGGCCUCUUUUUCAUUGAUUGUUGCUAUACAUGCAUAUGUAUAUGUGUAUACAUACAUGUUCCUAAAUAAUAAAUGUUAUGUGAGUUUCAAAGAUCGAAUACAAGUUGUUAGACAUAUCCAGCCAGUGCUUUAACCUACUGAGCCUUCUUCUUGCUAGAUUAUCCCUAUUUCUUUCUUCUUUUGUCUGCAAGAAUUCCAUUCAAAAUAAGUACUAAACCACAAUAUUAAUAAGCAAACAUAUACUAUCCUGGCUAGUAUUAUGUCAACUUGAUAAACAUUAGAGUCAUUCAGAAGAGAGAACCUCACUUAAGAAAACGCUCCCCCCAGGGCAGUUCAGAGUCCAAUUGGGUUACAUAGUAAUGUGAAGAGGGACUGCCUCUGACAUGAACUGACUGGCCUGCUCUUUAGUCACUUCCUCCUGAGGGGGAGCAGCCUUACCAGGCCAUAGUAGAGGACAAUGAAGCCACUUUUGAUGUGAACUGAUGGACUAAGAUCAGAAAGGAGAGGAGAACCUCCCCUAUCAGUGGACUUGGGGAGUGGCAUGCAUGCAGAG